GUCCGGAAGGCGUGUCGUCGGCGCCAACAGGAAGUGAAUUCAGCGAAGCCGCGCGACAGGAUAUUUUCUGUUUUUUACUCGGACAAAUUUAAACUGGGAACAUGAUGAACAUGGAUGAAUCAAACCCAGCUGCUGUUCCAAUGGCAGCUCUUGAUAUUCAAGGUGAUGGCCGUUGGCUUUCACUGCACAACCGUUUUGUGUCAGACAGCAAAGGAAAAGAGCCAGAGCUUCUAUUUGUUGGAGACUCUUUGGUGCAGUUGCUUCAUCAGUUUGAGAUAUGGCGAGAGCUGUUUUCCCCUCUUCAUGCUUUGAAUUUUGGAAUUGGAGGCGAUGCAACUCAGCAUGUCUUGUGGAGAUUGCAGAAUGGGGAACUUGAUCAUAUUAAUCCUAAGGUGGUGGUAGUAUGGGUAGGCACUAACAACCAUGGUCAUACUGCUGAGCAAGUAGCUGGAGGCAUUGGGGCUAUUGCUUAUGAAAUUCAUAAAAAGCUGCCUAGUGCCAAGGUGCUUAUAUUGGGUCUUUUGCCUCGAGGGAAGAACCCAAAUCCAUUACGUGAGAAGAAUACAAGAGUUAAUGAGUUUGUGCAGCAGGCAUUACCCACACUUCCUUGGGCAAACUUCCUUAACUUGGAUGAUGGAUUUGUGCAUUCAGAUGGAACUAUCUCACAUAAUGACAUGUAUGACUACCUCCACCUGACCCGAGCUGCUUAUGCACGUGUGUGCAGGCCCCUUUAUGAUAAAGUCAAGAGAUUGCUUGAGGAACAAGACCGUAUGGUGUCAUGAAACCAAAGCCUUGAACAUCUCUGAGAUUACAGACUUGUUUCAUACUGCUCUGUCCUGUUACUUUGUGGUGCAUUCUGUAUGUCAUUCCUACUAUGUUCCACAUGCAAAGUAAAGCAAAAAGUAUUUAUUUUGCAUGUGACUGGGCCAUGAAUGGCCUGCUCCUCAUUAGAGAAGGAUGCCAUAUUAAAUGAUUUCCUCACUGCAGUCUGCCUUCUGUUCUUCAUCAUCAUGGAGUAAACCAGCAGUCUUAAUCGGUUCCUGUAACACUAAAUACAUUUUGUAACUGAAUGAAUCUGACAUUAUCACUUUUUUUUUUUUUUUUUUGCAUAUUACCUUAUUCUUUGAAUUAUAGGACCUUUUCUUCAGACCCACUAAAAUGAAGAUUUCCACUAAAGCAAUAUCUUAUUUACACAAUGAGUGUUACAACUUAUAUCUGUAAACUGUUCAUUACUGUUGAACAACUUUUAUAAGUAUCCAACUUGUGGAUAUUGAAGGAGUGAAAAAAUAAGCACGCUAAGAGAAAUGUUUUCCCAGUUUUACAUGCGUAAAAUGUAAUUUCAUAUGUUGGAAUCCCCCAUAAUGAACACUAAACAUUGAAUGGAUAUUAAUACAUACUUUGUAGCACAACUGUUGAGUUUGUCUUAAGAGAGCAUGAUUUAAAAAAAUGGUCAGUUGAAUAAAAAUUUCAAACACUGUGACUGUUUUAAUUACUGUGAAUGUCCAAAUCAUUCGUACCAUGCCUAUGUUUUUCAUUAUUGUUAUACUGUAUGACACAAUAAGUGUAACACUUAAUUUUUCAUAUUUUUUGCCAGAAAUCUUUUUAUUAACAUUGUUUGUUAUUCCUUUCUUAAAAUGUUACAGCAACAUUGAUUCUGACCAGCUGCUAUAGCAGUCCAGAUCAAACAUACUGUAUGCAAUUACUGUAUAGAUAUUAUUCAAAGCUUUAGAGCCUAAACUAUUAGAAAAUACAACUGUCCUUGUCCAGAUUAUUUCUCUGUUGAUGCCUGCCUGUUGAAUAAAUUUAUUAUAACACAGCACAGUACACUCCAUGUAGACUUAUUCAAUUCCAUCGUAUGCUAAAGGAAAUACUGUUCAUUUACAUUGUCUUGUGACUUUUCCAAUAAAUUCUGAGGAAAGAGUU